CGGAGCCAGAGAAGAUCGUGCACACUUCUCUCUGUGUUCCACUCCGUUGAUCUUUCUGCUCUUCUUGAUUUGGACUCUGCUUGGAAGGACCAGCCAUGUCUCGUCAGUCGAUCUGCAGAAGCUUUGGAGGCGGGAGUAGAAAGGGCUACAGCUCUUGCUCUGCCAUCGGUGGUGGCUUUGGAGGAGGUGGCUGCAGAAGCAGGAUCAGCUACAGCUCCUACUCCUCAUCCAGGGGAGGUGGAGGAGGUGGUGGACACUGUGGAGGUUUUGGCAGCAGGAGCCUCCAUAACAUGGGUGGCAGCAGAAGAAUAACUGUUGGUGGAUGUUAUGGAGGUGGAGGAUACAGAGGAGGAAUGGGUGGUUUUGGUGGAGGUUGCGGAGGAGGAAUGGGUGGCUUUGGUGGAGGAAUGGGUGGUGGAGGAAUGGGUGGCUUUGGUGGAGGAAUGGGUGGUGGAGGAAUGGGUGGCUUUGGUGGAGGAAUGGGUGGUGGAGGAAUGGGUGGCUUUGGUGGUCCUGGCUUCCCCGGAGGAAUCCAACCCGUGCAAGUUGACCCAAGCCUUCUGCGGCCGGUCCAUGUUGAGAUUGACCCUCAAAUCCAGCAAGUCAAAAACCAGGAGAAAGAGCAGAUUAAGACUCUCAACAAUCAGUUUGCCUCCUUCAUUGACAAGGUCCGCUUCUUGGAGCAACAGAACAAGGUCCUCUCCACCAAGUGGGAGCUCCUCCAACAGCAAGGACCUUCGGGGCCAAGGAAGAACCUUGAUGCCAUCUUUGAAAACUACAUCCAGAACCUGAGGAGGAGGCUUGAUUCUCUCCUGGGACAGAGGGGACAACUGGAGUCUGAGCUGCAGAACAUGCGGCAGUACGUGGAGGAGUUCAAAACCAAGUACGAAGAAGAAAUCAACAGGCGCACCGCUGCUGAGAACGAGUUUGUGGUGCUCAAGAAGGAUGUGGACUGUGCCUACAUGAAUAAAGUAGAGUUGGAAGCCAAGGUGGGAGCUCUGACAGAUGAAAUCAGCUUCCUGAGGUGCAUGUAUGAGGAGGAACUGGCCCAGAUGCAGACAAUCAGCCGGGACCUGUCUGUGGUGGUGUCCAUGGACAACAACCGUCACCUGGAUUUCAACAGCAUCAUUGAGGCCAUGAAGUGCGAGUACGACCGGAUUGCUAAGGAGAGCCGGGAUGAAGCUGAAGCUUGGUACCAGAGCCGGUAUGAAGAGCUGCAGAACACUGCCGGAAGACAUGGGGACAGCCUCCGCAACACCAAGAUCGAGAUCCAAGAGUUGACCCGGAACAUCCAGAGGCUGCGGGCUGAGUUGGAGAAUGUGAAGAAACAGAACCAGCAGCUGCAGUCCGCUAUCGCCGAGGCCGAGGAGCGGGGUGAGAUGGCCCUCAAGGAUGCCAGGAGGAAACUGGAAGAGCUGGAAUGUGCCCUGAACAAAGACAAGGAGGAGCUGGCUCGCUUGCUGAAGGAGUACCAGGAGCUGCUGAACAUCAAGAUCGCCCUGGAUGUUGAGAUCGCCAUGUACAGGAAACUGCUGGAGGGGGAGGAGAACAGGCUGUGCAACGAUGGCAUGUCCAACGUCAAUGUCUCUGUGGUAGGCAGGACCACCAUCACUGGAGGCAGAGGAGGAAUGGGAGGAGGCUUCGGAGGCGGCAGCGGCAUGGGAGGAGGCUUCGGAGUUGGCAGCGGCAUGGGAGGAGGCUUCGGAGUUGGAAGCAUGGGCGGAGGAAUGGGAGGAGGCAUAUGUGGAGGUGGAAGCAUGGGCGGCAGCUGUGGAAUGGGAGGAGGAUCGUACGGCGGCGGCUUCUCUUCUGGAAGUGGAAGGAUGUGCGGCUCUGGAGGUGGAGGAUCUUCUUCUGUACGGAGAUGUGUGACGACCACCUCCAUCAAAUCUUCAGGAGUGAGAUUCUGAGCCCCCAAGCCAACUUGACAAAGGAAAGAAGCAUCUCCUCUCUUCUCCCGGCAGCAGCUCAGCCUCCUUAAAUCCAGCUCCGAUGUCCUGUGAUGCAAUGGACUGUGUCCCUCACGGCCCACCAUGUACCGACUCAUCUGCCUUGGUCCCAUCAAGGGAGUCUCCCGGCAAUGCCGUGUCCGUGGUGAGCUGCGUGUCAGCCCCAAGCGUGGUCGUGAAACCACUGCCCGUGGAAAGAAAAGUCUCCCUGGAGGAUCCCCAGCACGGAGAGCUGAUUUACAGGAGGGGAAGGCUCUGCCUUUCUUGCUGGCUUGUACAUUUCUGGCUGCCUCGUGGCAAAUGUGUAUAAAGCUCUUCUUUCCACCUCUGUCCUCCUGUCCCUUCCUCGAUGGCCGUAUCCCUGGGGUGCCUUCCAGUUCCACUUGUCUUUUUUCUCCGUGACGCCUGGUAACACGUGGGGCACACGUGGACUUUCUAAGGAGAACACAGCUUGCUGUUCCGUGCCCGCCCCUGUGAUGUGGAACAAAAUGUGCUGUCCCCACCUCCCUCCCACUUCUCUCUCUGGGAUGUUCUACUUCCUCGGGAUGAUGCCAUUCUCAAUAAAUUGCAGAGAACAUUCACCAUG